AUGUCCCAAGCUGAUGUCUCUUACAGUUGUGGGUCUUGUGGAUACCCUUUGAACUUGACAUCUUCUAACCGAAUCACCUCUGGCAUGGGCUCUGAAUAUCGCAAAUCCAUAAAGAAAGGUUUUAUCUCAUUUCUAUCUGUUGAUCUUAGUCGAUUCACUCAGGUCGAUCAGGUACAUUGCUUUCCGGUCAGUUGGGGCCGUUACCUUUCAAAAACUAAACUCCUUUGUCGUAAAUGUGGGGUUCAUAUAGGCUAUGGUUAUGGAGAUGCACCUGCUCUUUGUGGUUUUGACUCCCCGAACCCAUCUAGUGCUGCUUAUAAAAAGUUUGCUAUAAAGAUCCGAGCUCUACAGCCCUCAGAAGAGUGCUAA